UGCACAAAUGUUGACGAAGGCACUGAAAAAGAAGUCGGUGAUUGACAUUGAGCAACAAAAAGGCACAUGUGUUGAUCGAGUCUGAAAUUUUACGAAGAUGCUGCGUCGAAAGCAGAAAACAGGACAUCAAGAGAGCUCUUAUACAUCAAAUCAAGCUAAGAAGACACUUUCUCACAAACAACCUGUGGAUAUAAAGAAAAAAAGAAAGGAUGUCGAAGAGGAGAUUCUCGAAGGCCUCGUCCUAGGAACCCCAGAUGAAGUGAUAAAAAAACUGGACGUAGGAAAACGGAAGGAUGUGACGAAAACAGAAGAUGAACUAUUUGAUACUGAAGCUGAACCUCCAAAGAAAAAAGAGAAGAAACCAGUGUGGGAAGAUGUAGACGACAUAAUGGGAAGUGUUCAAAUGACAAAUGCCAAGAAAUUUGAUGGUGUCAAACAAGGAGAAGAAUGUCGGAUAAGGACAGACCAGUAUACCACACGCCUUAAAUCAAAGUUUGAAAAGGUAUCCUCUAAUCCUAAUUGGUCCAAGUUUAGAGCCACGGACCCAGAGACAGAACAGCCUGGAUCCGAUGAUGAUAGUGAUGUUGAGGAUUUGAGGACCCGGACAGGUGACUUUCUGACCACCACUAAGUCCCUUGCUAAAGGUUUUGUACAGAUAAAACAGUGUCCUAACGCCAACAGAGACUGCCCUGCUCAGGGGAAGCUGUAUGCAGUUGAAUUUCAUCCUUCUGCUCAAGUGAUUAUGACAGCAGGUUCAAACCAAACAUUAAGUUUGUUCCAGGUAGACGGUAAGAACAACCCCAAGAUUCAAAGUGUCUUCCUGGAUAAUUUUCCGAUCUUCUCGGCACACUUCACACCGAACGGCCACGAAGUGGUGCUCAGCUCCAAACACAAGAGUUUCGUUUACUAUGACAUGAUAGCUGGCAAAGUAGUCAACGUGCCAAAAAUUAAAGGACUGGGUGAGACAAGUAUGAAGAACUUUGUGGUGUCGCCUGAUGGUCGCCACCUUGUGUUCCUAGGAUCUUAUGGCUCCAUGCAUCUCAUCUCUGCCAAGUCUAAAGAAUGGAUACAAAGUCUGAAGAUGAAUGGCAAUGUUGAGUCAGUAGCCUUCUCUAGAGAUGGAACAACCAUGUAUUCCCAUGGAGAUGAUGGGGAGGUGUACAUCUGGGACAUGAGUACACGGGACUGUGUACACCGCUUUGUUGAUGAGGGCUGUACCAAGGGAACUAGUAUUGCUGCUUCUCCUAAUGGCCAGUAUCUGUCAUGUGGGUCAUACAGUGGAGUUGUUAACAUCUAUGAAGCUGAGACGUGCAGAACAAUGAGAUCACCAAAACCUGUGAAAGCUCUGAUGAACUUGACAACACCAUGUACUGACACUCGGUUCCAUCCGUCAUCAGAAAUGCUAGCAAUGUCUUCAAAUUUCACAGAAAGAGCUGUUAAGUUGGUUCACCUGCCUUCCAUGACGGUGUUUUCUAACUAUCCAGAAAGCCAUGAUCAUGAAUUGCGUUUACCAAGAUCAAUGGAUUUUUCACCUAAUGGAGGCUACUUUACUGUGGGCACAAAUAAGGGCAGUGCCCUUUUGUAUAGAAUGAAGCACUUUGGGAAUUACUGAUUAAAGGAUGGUUCUGCAUUUUGUAAAUAAAAUCUAAACACCAAA